AUGGAAACUGUAUUCGGACGGGCCAGACUUCCGAUGACUGAAGUCGGAAUCGUUAUCGACUCGGAAGAACUGUGCCCAGAAGAAGAUUCUGAAGGUAGGAAUGGGAUAUAUGAUGCUAAUGUUGCUAAAGAAGUUUUCAGAAUAACCCAGAACUAUGAGGACAUUACCGCUAUUGACAUUGGCUUACUGUAUGAGAUCCUGCAGCUCUUAGCUGACCAGAACUCUGAUACAAUUGUAACCGGUCUCAUAGUGGGAAUAGUAAAUAACGUGAUGUUUGUCGAAGAGGAUGUGCUAGCCUCUGCCCAAGAGAAUGGAAAUUAUACUACCCUCAUCGCCCAGGUCUUGGAAUCUCAGUUGAAUACCGUCGACGUUGGUAACAGCGUGCUUGACGCAGCUUACCCCAAAAUAGCAGUUCAGGUGCUUGACGUACCUUUGGACACUGCUGGAGACGGCAUAGUGAUCACCAUGUUAAGUAUGGACAACGGUUCUUUGAGCAACAGUGACAUCGUGGUAGGAACACAUCAAGACACACCUACUAAUUCUGUCCCAAGAGACACCUUUGCCAGGGUUGUUGUACCCAUCGAGGUAGCCCAAGUUUUUACUACUCUAGAGGUCACGGAAGGCCCAUCAAGUUCUAACAACACUACCAGCGGAGAUAACCUCGGCACAACUACCGCUUCAGGAGUGUCCAGUGGUCCUGGGGAAACGACGGGUGAAAGCGGUAUCGGGUCUCUCAGGGUUGCUUUCGUUGUGUAUGCCAAUGAUGCCAUGUUUCCUUCACCAAGUCUUGCUCUACUCAACCGGGAGAUUGAUACACCAGUGGUUUCCUUAACAAUCGGCGGACAGAAGAUAGAGAAUCUCAUGGAGCGUGUCAAUAUCACUUUCUAUAGAUUCAAGCCUGACUCCCGCGAUCCUACUUGUAACUUCUGGGAGUUUAAUCUCGGUAAAUGGUCUAUGGAGGGAUGUCAACUGUUACCUGAUAACACCGCCAAUAGCUCCAAUGAUGAAUACUACACAUGCGCCUGCGACCACCUAACCAACUUUGCCGUUUUAGUGGACAUAUAUGCAGAGGACGAACCACCGAAACCUGUACUCCGUUUAUUGAGUAUCACUGGGUGUGCUAUAUCAAUUCUGUGUCUGGCCAUCGCUAUCGCGUCCUAUCUCAGUGUCAAGAAGAUACGAAGAUCUCAGACUCACAAGAUUUUCAUCUUUCUUUGCACCACCCUGCUCUGUUUGUACACCGUCUCCCUCGUCAUCAUCGCUCUCGACACUGAGUUCCAGCAAGCCGAGGUCGAGUUGAUACCGUGUUCCGUCCUGGCGGCACUCGUCCACUACUUUGUACUCUCUUCGCUUAUGUGGAUGGGCAUCGAGGGGUUUAACACUUAUCUGGUCAUCGUAAAAGUGUUUAAUACUUACAUCCCGAAGUUUAUGAUCAAAGCUUCGAUUGUAGGAUGGGGUAUCCCGGCUGUAAUCGUUGCCGCAACUGGGGCAAUCACUAGGAACUAUUAUGCUGAAGAAGAUUAUUGUUACAUCCGGAAGUGGCCCCUCAUUGGUGGUCUCCUGGUCCCAAUGGCUAUCAUCCUCAUCAUCAAUAUCGCUGUGUUCAUCUUGGCAAUGUGCCGUCUGCAAAGUUCUGCACGAAUGGCAGGACGUGUGAAGAAGGACUGCAAGACCGAACGACAAGAGACCCUAGAACGGAUCCAGAAUGGCAUCGCCAUAUUGCUCCUGCUUGGCUUCACCUGGACUACUGGAUACCUGGCACUGAUCAACGUGGACUUCACUGAACUCCUUUUCAUCAUCUUCAACUCCUUGCAAGGCUUCUUCAUCUUCGUCCUCUAUUGUCUUCGAAAGGAGACCAUCAGGAAGCAGUGGCGCCGUUGUAUCUGCUGUGCACUGUUGCGGGAAGGUGGCAGCGCUGAGUCCCAAGGAAAUUCUGGACGAACACCAGGAUCUACGAGUGGGACUGGAGGCUCUCAACCUAUGUUUGAAUCUUCGUCUGCCAUAUCCCAUACCAAUCCAUCUUUUGACAACUCAAAUUAGAUAUGAAACCAUCAGGUUGCGAUGAUUAAUGUGCAAACGAUGUAUCUCUUGUAACUAAUAACCAGAAAAUGAUAGUAGACA